AUGGUAUUUACCUUUUUUGAGGUGGUUACCGGCUGGUCUUGUGGCUCGUUAUCGCUACUAGGUGAUGGCCUUCAUAUGUUGCUGGAUGCAGUUGUUCUGUUUGCAAAUUUAUUUGUCGUGAUUUUAUCGAAAUGGCCACCAACGGUGGUGUUUCCAUUUGGCUUUUCAAGGACCGAGACAGUCGCCGGGUUUGUUAAUGCCCUUAUCCUUAUUUUCAUUUCCUUUUCUGUCGCGGUGGAGGCGCUAAAUAGAUUCAGCAAGCCACCUGUGAUCCAAACGACCACAGUAAUGAUUGUCUCUUUUCUUGGGCUUGUGGUAAACCUUAUCGGAUUGUAUGCUUUCAACAAUUCGCCUUUGAUGCAUCACCAUCAUCAUCAGGCUCGCCCUCGCCCUCAGCUUCGUGACCACAAUGAUAAUCUUCAUGCUUGCAGCCAACCAGAAAAUGGGCAUUUUCAUAACCAUAUUUCGGCCCUUUCCAAUUCCUCCCUUGCUGUGCGAUGUAAACCAGCGCUAUUUUCUGCAGACAAAAAACGGAAAUCGCAAGAUUUGGAGUCUGGAAAAACAUCCAAUGCACACACGCUCUCUUAUAACAUGAUAUUCCAAGGAAUGUUUCUGCAUGUGCUUGCCGAUACUUUGGGAUCUAUCGUGGUUCUUUUGUCUACUUGGCUAAUUAAGAACACCGGCUACUAUUGGAUCGACCCGAUCUCAUCAUUUAUUCUUUCCAUCUUGAUUAUCGUUGCCACAUGGCCUCUUUUAAAGUCUUCGUUUUACAUUUUGAUGCAGGCCUCUCAAUUCCCGUCUUCGGAAGCAAAGCACAAAAUUCUUGCUGACAUAAGUUCGCAUGCAGAGGUAUCAUCGGUGUAUUCUUUAAAAAUUUGGCAGCUCAAAGAAAACCAAUACAUUGCCUCAGUGGCCCUCACACUUUCCGAGUUUUCUAUAGACGCAUACUCACGGAUUCACGAAAAGAUAAAACAAUGUCUCAAGGAAUAUGAAAUCGACCAGUUUACCAUUGAGCUUGGGAAUCAUCAAAUCAAAUCUUGA